AUGCAGUCCCUCCCGGAAGUCUUGGCUAGUGCCAAGGGCGGUGGGGGCACCGCUUGGGGGGCGGGGGCGGGUCGCUUGCGCCGCCCCUCACAGAAUGGCCUUAGUUCUAAUGCCCGUGCGCCCUCCGUGAACUUCGCCACUCCGUGGCGCAGAUCAGGGAACUUGAAUUCUAGAAGGGCCCAGGUGAGAGAAGAGCAGCCCUGUUCUGCUGUACUGGGCUGCCUGCUGCAGGUGGAACACCCCUUGCCAAAAGCUGACAGCAGCAACCCCGAGUCCUUGCCAGCCAGCCUUCCAGCUUACCCUGGUCGGGCCGAUUCUUGCCGCUCGGAGGCGUCUGAGCACAAAGUGAUCGCCAACCAAUCCGAGUUGUUCGCAGCCUCGGUGGGCAAUGUGGACUGGCUUCGGUUCUGUCUGAGGCGGAAGCACAAGGAGCUCACAGUCGACGACAAGGGCUUCACAGCCAUCCACUUCGCAGCACAGCAAAACAGGCUUUCCUGCCUUCAGGUCUUAGUAGAGGAGUACAAGAUUCCUGUGGAUCUGCCCACCAGCAACGGCCAGACGCCCCUGCACCUACUGGUCACGCAGAAAAACGACAGAGCCGACACCAUCCCCUGCAUGGACUACCUGCUGAAGAAAGGGGCGCACAUCAACUCGCGGACGUGCCAAGGCUCCACACCACUGCAUCUGGCUGCUCGCAAUGGCCUGCUGGGAUGUAUGAAGGUCCUGGUGCGGAAUGGAGCCAAUGUGCAUGCCCGAGAUGCCGUGGGCCACAAGCCCAUCGACUACUGCAAGCUGUGGAACCACCGCGCCUGUGCCCGGUUCUUGAAGGACGCCAUGUGGAAACAGGAUAAGAAGGACUUUGCCCGAGAGAUGGACAAACUGAAGACCCUGAAGGGGAAGCUGGCCAUUUUGGAGUUCCGCUACCUGACUGAGUUUCAAAAGGAACAGCGAAUUCUGAGAGAGGCUCAUUUCAGAACAUGGCUCCAAGGCAAGCUGCUGGCCAAGACCCAGGGCUCUGCUCGCCCCAAGCAAGAGGCUGGUGUCCGGUCUUGGUCAUUGGCCUUCUCCAAGACUCUAGGGCCCCAAAUAGCCAAAAGUUUCCAAAAUUAUCCUUCUGUGGAGGCUCAGCUGCAAAGCUUGCCCUCACCCGUGGUGCCACCCAAGCUCAUCUACAAGCACAGACCCAUCAAUCGGCCCAAGUUGUGGAAUUUUAGUAAUAACCCUGAGAGGCCCCCCAUCACAAAGAUUGGCUACCCACAGGGUAUACGCCUGGGCGUGCACCCGGACCCCUCUAAGGAGCAUGACUUCUGCAGAUUCCUGGAGGUGACUCAGAACCCCCUUGGGGGUACAUGCCUGCGCACAGUGGACAAUCAGUUGGUGACACCUGUACCUUGGCUGCCGUUAGAAGUGAUAUCCCGAAUGCUGCACCCAGGGGUCCAACCCUGCAGAAUGAAAGUGCCCCAGGGCUUGUUUCCACUUGACAUCCUCAGAGUUUCCCAGAAACGGCAUGUGGGGGACACCUGUACCAAUACAAUGGCCAUGAACCUUCGUGAGACAUUUGAUGAACCCUUCCUGGCUACCUUGAAAGCUUACCAGACUCCAGCGGCCCUACCCUCCAAGGAAGUUCUCACAUAA